GUCGCACUGCACUAUGGGAAUAUUUCAAGAUGGCCGUCGGUGCUGAAAAGUUUGUGGAAAACAACAUUUCAAGCGCUGAUUCCUCUACAAAUUCGCCACUUGAAGUCUUCUUAGCACGUUAGAACUGUACAGUGAGUGUACACCGGUUAUUCCGUGUUUCUGAUGACCUCUCACCUGCACCAUGGCGUCCCUACUGCGACCGCGGUUUGAGAGCGAGCAGUCCUUCAGCAGUGUCGACCUCAACGACAGCGGAGUCUCCAACGAAACCGACGCGGCCGACGAGUACAUAUUCAAAGAAGCCAACCACCCCAUCCAGAUCCUACAAGGUCUGAACGCUCUACGCCAAACGGGGUCCUUCUGCGACGUCAGCUUGUGCGUUGACGGCGUGGAGUUUCCCUGCCACCGCGCGGUCCUCGCAUCGUUUAGCCCGUACUUUAAAGCCAUGUUUUCCAACGAGCUUGCAGAAAGCCACCAAGAAAAGGUCACGAUCAACGGCGUGGAGGCUCCCAUGAUCGAACUACUGCUAGGUUACGCGUACACGUCAGAAAUCGUGAUAACGAAGAUGAACGUACAGUCGCUCUUGGCUGCAGCGAAUCUACUAGAAGUACUACCAGUUAGGGAUGCUUGCUGCGCCUUCAUGGAGAAACAUAUGGACGAGAGUAACUGUCUCGGGAUCCACUGCUUCGCGGAGGCGCACGCCUGCUCGGACCUUCAGGAGAAGGCGAAGAGUUAUGUCCUGACGGCCUUCCCGGAGGUGUGUCAGCAGGAGGAGUUUCUCGCACUCUCCCAGGGGAAGGUCGUGGAGUUCAUCUCGGACGACAAGUUGAAUGUGGAGAAGGAGGAGGACGUGUUUGACGCGGUGGUUCGCUGGUUGAACGCAGACACUGGGUCCAGGAGACACGACUUUCACAAGGUGCUGGAGCAGGUGCGACUGCCCUUGUUAAGCCCGUACCACCUGUUAGACUGUGUGGACAGCCACAGUGUGAUCCAGCAGUCCCCACCCUGCAGACGCCUGCUGGAGGAGGCUAAGAACUACCAGCUACUGGAGGACCGUCGGGGGGAGAUGUUCAGUCCACGCACACGGCCCAGGAGAUCUACAGGCACAGUUGAAGUCAUCAUCGCGGUGGGAGGGGAGGAUGAUAAAGUAGUCCUGCGGAGUGUGGAGAGUUAUGACCCCACCAUGGGACAGUGGCGUACCCUGGCAUGUCUACCGUUCGCAGUCAGCAAGCACGGACUGGUCGUUUCAGGUAACAACACCCUGUACAUGGCUGGAGGUGAGUUCCCUGAUGGAUCGGCCAGUAAAGACAUGUGGAAGUACGACCCCAUAUUUGAUGUUUGGACAGAGAUGGCACCGAUGAAUGUACCCAGGUCAGAGCUAGGACUUGCGAUGCUGGAUGGGUAUGUGUACGCUGUUGGUGGUUGGGAGGGCUCGUCACGGUUAGACUCUGUAGAACGAUACAGCCCGGCGACAAACUCGUGGGCCUUCGUCGCGCCUAUGAAGAUGGCAGUCACCAGUCCCGCCAUGGUGGCGUACAAUGGGAAACUCUACGUCACUGGAGGAGCUGUACUUGAAGACGGAGAUGGCAUUGACCUUGUGCAGUGUUACGACCCUAAGACCAAGGCCUGGCUGGAGCUGCAGCCCAUGCUGAUCGCACGGUCGGGGUCAGCAGCAUGUGUCCUGAAGGGGUUCAUAUAUGUUAUUGGAGGUUGGCAUGCCUCCACAGAGAACACUAACAAAGUGGAGCGUUAUGACGUGGAGAGGAACGUCUGGGAGAGCAGAGCGCCGAUGAACGAGCGCCGCUACAGGCCGGGUGUGGCCAUCGUGGACGGGAAGAUAUACGUGUGCGGAGGGGAGGAAGGCUGGGACAGAUACCAUGACACAAUAGAGCGUUACGACGCUGAGACAGACAGCUGGGAGAUUGUUGGUGAGAUGCCCACCAGUCGCAGCUGGCUCAGCUGUGUGGCCAUGCAGAUGAGAAUCAGCAAGCCUGCAGCGCCCCCUGACAGCGAGGCUGGCGCUGCAGCUGCUCGACCCUUGUAGGUCAUGUACAGAAAGAAAAACAUUAGGAGUUAAAAAUUAACUCUACAACAUAAUGAUAGUAAAACUGACAUUAAAAAGGAAAUAGUGACUUGAUGUCUAGCCCACAUUUCUGUUAAU